AUGGUUCUGCUACCACCCACCAGAAACGCAUUCCAACCUUCACCCUCGAUGGAUUCCAACACCAUCAAAGAAAUUGCCCAACAAAUGGUUGUCGAAAAGAUCGCCGAAAAAGUCACUCUCAAACAAACACUCCACCCCCGCAACAUCUACAACGCCGCCGUGCAAUACACCAAGAGAUCCAACCCACCCACCGUGGGUGUUAUGGGCGGCUUCACCUGGAAGAAGUGGAUGAUGUGGCUUUACAUCGGAAUUCCUGUUCUGAUCAUCCUCGUCAUGAUCGGUCUCGUCAUGAAGAAGCAAGACUACACCAACCGCCGUGCGGCGCUCGAGGCAGAGGCUGUGGCCGCUUUUGAAGGGAACAAAGAGGAAGAUAUUGACCAUUCCAAGAUUUACUUCAACCAGCCUUGGUCGCACAAGGAGAUCAAGGAGAAGAAGGCUGCCGCGAAGGCCGCGGCGAGGGCGGUGGCCGAGGCAGAAAAGGUGUAA